AUGUCGGCGACCUGUUGCUUCUCAUCCUUAUGCCAAAAAACAUCACUCUGGAGCGGAUCUCGCACCCAUGGCGUUGCUGCGAUUCGACGGAAAUCAUACCCUUCCACGAUAAUUUUUACUUACCGAAAGAAGCUCACAGUGCUGCACGUCGUCGCGAGUAAGGACGUCUUAGUCCGCACGUUUCAGGAGCUCCCGAAGAUCGACAUCUGUCCUCUCGUUGAGUUCUGUUCUGACUCGAACAGUCUGAACCCAGCUUUACCCACGACUUCAUCAGAAGCUUCAGAGGCGUCAUACCCCAGUGACGUCAGGCGGGUUGCUUCAGAGAUCCAUGCAGCUUGCCAGGAAGUCGGCUUCUUCUACCUAACUGGCCAUGGCGUGUCCCAACAGCUGGUGGAUGAGGCCCGAGAAGUGGGGAGAGAGUUUUUUGCGCUCUCUAAUGAGGCUAAGAACGAGAUUGCCCUCUCAAAGUCGCCGAUUUUCAGGGGGUACCAGAGGCUUGGAGAGAACAUUACUCAGGGCCGGCGCGACAUGCAUGAAGCUAUUGAUCUGUACAGGGAGCAUCUAGCUAAUCAUCCUCUCGUGCUUUCCGGGAAACCGCUUCACGGCCCCAACCCAUGGCCCAGUCAACCGGAACGCUUCAGGCCAGUUGUGGAGGAAUAUGUGACCAAGAUGAAAGCUCUGGGUCGCACAGUGCUAAGGGGCAUGGCCAUGGGCCUGCACCUCCCGCUCGACACGUUUGAGCACGGGAGGGCUGAUGACCCCUUCUGGGUCAUCCGGGUUAUUGGCUACCCCCCUCUUGCUGCACAUGACACGGAAUCGCUCAGCUGCGGAGAGCACACGGAUUACGGUCUUCUCACUUUUGUGAAUCAGGAUCCUGGGAUCACAGCCCUGCAGGUGAAGAACAAGGCUGGCGAGUGGGUGGACGCUCCUCCAGUUCCAGGAAGCUUCGUGGUCAACAUUGGUGACAUGCUCAAGCUGUGGACAAACGGGCUGUACCAGCCAACUCCCCAUCGGGUUGUCAACAGAAGCCGCACAUUUCGAGUUUCUGUGCCAUUCUUCUACGAACCGAAUUUUGAUGCAAGAGUGGAACCUCUAGAUGCUUUGGUGAAGACCAUGGGGACAUCCGGAUUGGAGUCAGUGGUCUAUGGGGAUCAUCUGUGCAAGAAAGUAUUCAACAACUUUGGAUAA